AUGUCCUCUCCUGGUCCUAACCAUCCCAAUGGCCAUGCCUCUCUACCGCCCACUAUUGGUCCAGGCAUAUUUACUGGGGCCAACAACACCCACAUUCCAUAUGGCACAUUCAUCGAUACUUCUGGAAAUUCGGGACUGAGAUUCAAUAUCAACAAUAGUUUUGCUUCUGGCCCUCCUCAACGCUUAUACGACCUGCUACAGCCGGUUCGUGCUUCGUACGAAGACCGCUCAGGUAAACGGGCUCGAUGCUUGGUAGGCACUCGAGAAUGUGUCUUAAACGACAUCAAAACAUGGGUAGAUGGUGCUAUCCCAAUAUGCUGGCUUAAUGGCCCGGCUGGCUUUGGGAAGUCGACCAUAGCGCAGAGCGUAGCAGAGUGGUGUGCUAGGGAACGGAGGCUUGCCGCCAGUUUUUUCUUCUUUCGGGGAACAGGAAACCGGGAUAAUAUAUCCCAUUUAAUUCCUACUCUGACUUUUCAGCUGUCGACCUGUAUCAAAACCAUCAAGCCGCUGAUAGAAAAUGCCCUCGUUGAAGAGCCCUUUCUCACUCAUCGGGAUACUUCACUCAGCUAUCAAUUUGAUAAAUUGAUCAUGGCCCCCAUGCUUUCCCAUGCACGCUCAACAUCCACGCAGAACGGUGUCGUACAAAAACCCAUGGUGAUAGUUAUUGAUGCCCUCGACGAGUGUGAAAUUGGGGACGGAGAAUCAAUGGAUAAGUUUAUCGACGCUGUCAUUGAGGCAUGCAGGUCCAAGGGAGACCGGGUCCCGUUUCGAUUAUUCAUCACAAGUAGAGUCGAAGAACAUCUUCGGUUAAAACUUGAAACCAUAGAUGCCAAGGAGGUCUCCCUUCAGCUGAAGCUGCAGCAUUACAACACUGGAGCGGACAUUCACAUGUUCUUUGAGUCUGAAUUUGCCAAUAUAUAUGCCGCCAAUCGCCUACUCAUGGUUGCGGAUUGUGUAUCAGAGCCUUGGCCUUCUUGGGACGUCCUUAACACCCUGGUCCAUAAAGCUAAUGGGUCCUAUAUCUAUGCAUCGACAUUCGUCAACUUUGUUCAGCAAGCGGGGGGGAUGGCGAACCAACGACUUCUAGAUGCCUUGGAGGCACAUGGCCUGGAUCCUCUGUAUAAGCAAGUUUUCUCCAAGGCUUUAUUUUCGGAAGUUGCACCUGGAACUGUGGUUGACCUCAUGUGGGCAAUGGGAUUCCUGUUAUGUCUUGAAUACCCGCUGUCCAUCCAAGACCUUGCUCUCCUGAUGGAUGUACCGCCACGAAACCUUGUCAGGUCCUUUCUCGGAAUUCAGUCCAUUCUCCUUAUUCCCGAAGCCGACGACAGUCCGGUGCACCUAACCCACAUAUCGCUCCGAGAUUUUCUAAUGACAGAAUCACGCUCGGGUGUCUAUUUCACUAACCCCUCUCAUUGUCAUGCUUCCAUUGCAAUAUGUUGCCUGAAUAUCAUGCAGAGAAACGGGGACCUCUUUUGGUUUACAAAUGCGCCCUUGCGGUAUGCAUUCCAGAACUGUCUGGACCAUCUCCAAAAGGCUGUUGAUGGUUGGGAGAAUUACCAUUCCGAGUCAUCUUUCUCUGUUUUACUGAGCAUUUCUCUAACCAACUUCGCCACAAGUAGCAAUGUAUUCACUUCUUGGAUACAUACUGCCAUCCGAUAUGGGCUACCAACCCGCUGCUCAGAAUUACAGACACGGAUUGAGUUUGUACGUCCCUCUCGAUUUUAUUCAGCUAGAUUUGGCACUGACUAUCAUGCCCUCCUUGACAUUCUCAGGGAUUUGUACGUCGCUCUCGACCUUAUUCAGGCAGAUUUGGCACUGACUGUCAUGCCCUCCUUGACAUUCACAGUUUUCCGUCGCUCUCGAUCUUAUUCAGCUAGAUUUGGCACUGACUGUUAUGCCCUCCUUGACAUUCUCAGCCUGGAGUACGUCGCUCUCGAUUUUAUUUAG